AUGUCGGGCAUCACGACCGCCCGGCAGUCGAUUUCCUCCCCAAACGGGUCAUCGGCGAACCUUGCGAAAGCAUCGGACCUUCUCGCCUUCAACGUCGGGUGCCAUGGCGCCAUGAGGCUGUGGCAUGGCCGUGUUGAACAAGGCGACUUGCACGCUUGGACGCUCUCAUCUCCAGCUUCAAACAAGGCCGCAAGGAAGACCCAUGUGCAGCCAAAGAUGGGCCGCACGUUCUCCCGUCGAGCAUUUCAGACGGAAAUGUACACCGGAGGCGAUCACGUCAGCGAUGCCGUCUUCAAACCGGCCCAGGGCUCCCGGCGCCGACCUUGCCCACAAUCGUCACCCUGCUCGUUGCCGCCCACAUUCGCUCUCGGACAUGGAACCCACGGACGAGCCAAUGGUGGCGGUUCAACCGGAGCAACGACCUCGGAGUGCGGACCGUCUCGGGCGGAAGCUUGGGGGAGAGAAUCGGAAGACCCCACAUCCUAUCAUGCCAACGACAUCUACUUCUGCUCGAGCAGGACGGCACCCAAGAUGCCUAAUGGCAGCUAA